AGAGGCUGGGAUAUUGCCUUAUUCGUCGUGGGUGUCCCAUCUGGUCAGGACCCCCUCAGCGAUUGCUAACGCACGAUGUCUAGCCGAUCUGGGUUCUUACGGUUUUCCGAGAGACGGCAUUCUUCCAAGCGUCCCGGCGGUCCACCGCAACCCUCGACUCCUGCUCCCAACCUCCAGAUCACUCCUUCCCCCACUGCAAAUGAUGCAACCACUAACAAAGAUCGUGAUGGAUCUGAUGGAUCUCGUCUUCAGCCCCCUACUUCAUCAACUGCUGGCAGUUCUCGAGGCCGGAAGCAGCGGAGGUCUGUUUGGUACGCUAUAGCUCAGCGGUUCAGCAGAAGUCCCAGUCCCGAUCCCACUCAUAUCGACCAACCGAAGUCUUCUUAUCCCCGACAAUCUGACCCCUCCAGGCCUGAUCCGCCAUCCCCUGAUCCAUCGCCAUCUCACAUUCUGGCCAUCGAUGCCUCUCACACGAUACCCAACGAGCGCAUCAUCCACGGCAACACUGAGAGCCCCGCCACACAACCGGGACUCACAGGCGCAGACCUAGAUAUUCCAUCGUCAAUGGAUCAAACGUCGUCAUCUUCAGCCGUCCCUGCUGGUGACAGAAAGAAAACAAUCAUCGCCGCCACGAGGCUCGUCCUCCAAACUGCCGCCUCUGCUCUUAAAUUCGUCCCCAUUCCAAACCUCGAUCAGAUACCAAGUAUACUCCUGACCUGGCUCCAAGUUUACGAGACGAUCGACAACAAUGACGAAAAUCUGAAGGGAUUAGACAAUGAAGUUCGAAAGGCUCAUGAAACGAUCUUCAGGCCACUCCUGUUGUGGACUGGCCAGGUUCCUCCCGAAAUAGCCACAGAGCUCUAAAGCAACAAUUGAAGAAAAUUGAAGCACUCAAGCGUCAAAAACUUGCCAAGAGGGUAAUCCUGGCGACUGAGAUAUCCCAGGAAAUAAAUGCCGUGAAGUUCUGUGUCAGCGAUGCUGUCUCCCGUUUCACGACCGCCGCGACAACUCUAAAUCUCCUCCACACAAUUCAGUCAUCGGUAGA